UGCCCAGAAACCGGAGCAGAGGCCGGCGGCGCUCCGCCUGCAAGCAGCCUGGGCGCGCGGCUCCCGGCUCGGGGCCUCCCGGUCCGGCCCCCGCUUCCCGCCUCCCGCUCCGGCCGCCGGCCUCGCAGGCUCCUCCGCCGCCGCCGAGCGUGAAUGAAAGGCGGGCGCCGCCGGGGGCUGGCUGCAGGCGCCGCGGUGACGCGGCCCCGCGGGAGGCGCCAGCCCCGCGGAGAUGUACGGUGUGUGCGGCUGCUGUGGCGCCCUGCGCCCCAGGUACAAAAGGCUGGUUGACAACAUCUUCCCUGAGGAUCCCGAGGACGGCCUGGUGAAGACCAACAUGGAGAAGUUGACCUUCUACGCCCUCUCGGCUCCAGAAAAGCUAGACCGGAUCGGCGCCUACCUCUCCGAGAGGCUCAUCCGGGAUGUGGGGCGUCAUCGAUAUGGGUACGUGUGCAUCGCCAUGGAGGCGCUGGACCAGCUGCUCAUGGCCUGCCACUGCCAGAGCAUCAACCUCUUUGUGGAGAGUUUCCUCAAGAUGGUGGCCAAGCUGCUGGAGUCAGAGAAGCCCAACUUGCAGAUCCUGGGCACCAACUCGUUUGUGAAGUUCGCCAACAUCGAGGAGGACACCCCGUCCUACCAUCGCAGCUACGACUUCUUUGUGUCUCGCUUCAGUGAAAUGUGCCACUCCAGCCACGACGACCUGGAAAUCAAGACCAAGAUCCGAAUGUCGGGCAUCAAAGGGCUGCAAGGGGUGGUGAGGAAGACGGUGAAUGAUGAGCUGCAGGCCAAUAUCUGGGACCCACAGCACAUGGACAAGAUUGUCCCAUCGCUGCUCUUCAACUUGCAGCACGUCGAAGAGGCCGAGAGCCGGUCCCCCUCGCCCCUCCAAGCGCCGGAGAAGGAGAAGGAGAACCCGGCAGAGCUGGCUGAGAGGUGCCUUCGGGAACUGCUGGGCCGGGCUGCCUUUGGCAACAUCAAAAACGCUAUCAAGCCUGUUCUCAUCCACCUGGAUAACCAUUCUCUGUGGGAACCCAAGGUGUUCGCCGUCCGUUGCUUUAAAAUCAUCAUGUAUUCAAUUCAGCCGCAGCACUCCCACCUGGUUAUCCAGCAGCUCCUGGGCCACCUGGAUGCCAACAGCCGCAGUGCGGCCACCGUGCGCGCGGGCAUCGUGGAGGUGCUGUCGGAGGCCGCUGUCAUCGCCGCCACCGGUUCUGUGGGGCCCACGGUGCUGGAGAUGUUCAACACGCUGCUGCGGCAGCUGCGGCUCAGCAUCGACUACGCCCUGACCGGGAGCUACGACGGGAGCUACGACGGGACGGGCGUCAGCCUGGGCACCAAGAUCAUCAAGGAGCACGAAGAGCGCAUGUUCCAGGAGGCCGUCAUCAAGACCAUAGGCUCCUUUGCCAGCACGUUGCCCACGUAUCAGCGCUCGGAGGUGAUCCUCUUCAUCAUGAGCAAGGUCCCACUGCCCUCUCUGCAUCACCCCGUGGAGACGGGGAGGACCGGGGAGAACAGGAACCGGCUGACCCAGAUUAUGCUGCUGAAAUCCCUCCUUCAGGUGUCCCUAGGUUUCCAGUGCAGCAAUAUGAUGUCAGCCCUGCCCAGCAACUUCCUGGACCGCCUUCUGUCCACCGCCCUCAUGGAUGACCCAGAGAUCCGUCUCUUCGUUCUAGAGAUUCUCAUCAGUUUCAUUGAUCGUCAUGGCAACCGCCACAAGUUCUCUUCCAUCAGUACCCUCAGUGACAUCUCUGUCCUGAAGCUGAAAGUGGACAAGUGCUCCCGACAGGACACCGUCUUCAUGAAGAAGCACUCCCAGCAGCUCUACAGACACAUCUACCUGUGCUGUAAGGAGGAAACGAACACACAGAAGCACUACGAGGCCCUCUACGGCUUGCUGGCGCUCAUCAGCAUCGAGCUGGCCAACGAGGAGGUGGUGGUAGACCUCAUCCGCCUGGUGCUGGCUAUUCAGGACUUGGCCCAGGUCAAUGAAGAGAACUUGCCUGUAUACAACCGCUGUGCCCUCUACGCGCUGGGCGCGGCCUACCUGAACCUCAUCAGCCAGCUCACGACAGUGCCGGCCUUCUGCCAGCACAUCCAUGAGGUGAUAGAGACCAGGAAGAAAGAGGCCCCGUACAUGCUCCCUGAGGACGUGUUUGUGGAGAAGCCCAGGCUGUCUCAGGAUCUUGAUGGAGUGGUGAUUGAGUUCCUCUUCCGCCAGAGCAAGAUCAGUGAAGUCCUGGGGGGCAGUGGCUACAAUUCAGACAGGCUCUCCCUGCCCUACAUCCCUCAGCUGACAGAUGAGGAUCGCUUGUCCAAGAGGAAGAGCAUUGGAGAAACCAUUUCCCUGCAGGUGGAGGUGGAAUCUAGGAACAGCCCUGAGAGGGAGGAGCGAGUACCAGCAGAGGAGAUCACCUAUGAGACGCUAAAGAAGGCCAUCGUGGACAGUGUGGCGGUGGAGGAGCAGGAGCGCGAACGGCGGCGGCAGGUGGUGGAGAAGUUCCAGAAGGCGCCCUUCGAGGAGAUCGCAGCUCACUGCGGGGCCCGGGCAUCACUGCUGCAGAGCAAACUCAAUCAGAUCUUUGAGAUCACCAUCCGGCCCCCGCCCAGCCCAUCAGGAACCAUCACCGCAGCCUACGGCCAGCCUCAGAACCACUCCAUCCCCGUCUACGAGAUGAAGUUUCCAGACCUGUGUGUAUACUGAAUUCCAAGAGGUGGAGCUGCUUGGAGGGGUGGGCCUGAGGGAGGGGCUCACCCUCACACCCCACCCCUACUGCGUGCAAGUCUAACAGGGAUCUCAGAAAAGGUCGCCCUCCCGCCUAAACAAGGCAGAGCCCCAGACCCUCCCGCUUCCCCUGUGUCUCCCCUGAGGGAUUGGCUACCUGCCCCGCUAGGACCAAUAAGCCUCUCAGCUGUUCCCUUUAGUCUCCUUUGUGUCAGCGAGGGGCCAAGAAUCGGGGGUCUCAGCUCCCGCAGCUCCCCGUGGUGUGGUGGUGCAGCAGGUGAAAGGCUUCUAUGGUGGGGGUGGGAGGGGGCACAGCUGCCGUCCCCUGAGGCGGGGACUGGAUGGAGACACCGGUUGGUCCAAGGACGCUGUGGACAGCAAUCUAGAGAAAGCCAGGGGAGAGCUGGACACUGGGGGACCGUUCUCCUCAGAGCACCCCCGCUCCGUCCCGAGGCCCUCGGGUCUCCUGUGUCUCUUCCACUCCCCCUCUCACCUGCCAGCUUCUCUUAGUGAUUCUUUCUAUUAUUAAUGGACGCUGAGCCCUUCUAACAGGAGCUGGGUAGAGACACAUGGGAGGGGGGCAGCAAAGGAUGACAUGAAGGCAGGUGGCUGCUGGUGGAGGGGCAGCUCUCCCCAGGCUGGGCCUGCCUUCCCGCCCCCCCCUCCCUCAGCCCCGCCCAGGCGCAGCAGGCAGAAGUGGGCACGUCCCUAUUCUCACCUCCUUGGUUCAGAGGGAGCUUGCUUGGCCCUCCCAUGGUUCUCUCCCUUCUGGAUGUUUCUCCAAGUUGAGCUCUCUCUCUUAACACCUUUCUUCCUGUGGAGCCCCGUGUGUUUCUACAGCUUCUGGGUUGAGGGAGGGCAGGACCAGAUAAUCUGGUUCUAGGUGACUUGAGAGAGGAGCAACUGCAGGGCCAGGCCUGCCCACAGCACCUCCUGGGGAAGAGGUUCCUGGCCUGGCCUGGCUGGGCUGGGGGGCGGGGUGGAGGUGGGGGGGCCGACACUGGGAAGGGAUGGUCAGUGGGGGGAGCACUUUGGGACUCAAAGAUGUCAGAAGUCAACGAACGUUGUGGAUGUUUCGUUGGAGGAAAGAAGGAUCCGGCACCUGAUACUGGAACGACUUUUUUCACUCUUUGGACAAAGUCUGGACCUCAGUUCCACCUGGCCAAGCUUGAGGCUUGGGGAGAGCGGUGGAGACCCCUUUGGGUUCUGCAUUUCCCCUGAGUCCUGUCAGCCUGUCUGUGCAGAGGAGGAGUCUGUUUGCUGUGCAUUCCCUUCCCCUUUCUCAUCCCGCACCCCCACCCAAGCCUCUGGCAGGCCCUCCCCUGGGCCUCCGCCUGGGUCUCCCCGUGCCAGCGCCCUAGGGCCCCAGAUAGUUCUUCUCUUCCAGUGGAACGUCCCAUAACUGUUCUGAGCUGAUGUAACUCACAGUAAGGUGUGAAUGGCCCAAUGAUUCUUCCCUGAGAAUUUUUUUUUUCUUUUAGAGAGAGAGCGUAAAUAGAUUCCUCUACCCAAAGGGAUCCCUUUCAGGGUACAAUUUUAGGCAGUGGGGGGCGGGGGCGGAGGCAGACACCCUGGGGUCACACCUCUGCAUGACCCUGUGCAGUGAGAGCCUGAUGACCAGCCCAGACGGGUGUAUUUCCUCAAAUCGGGAGAAACGUAACAAAUGCACUGCCCAUUCCGUGUGCAGCUCUCUCUGGGAGGGGGCUUUCUGACCCUGUUCUUGUCGUUUCCCCCUUGGGCCUGCAGCUUCCAGGUGGCCUGCAUGAUUACAGGGCCCCAGCCAGCCACUUCUGGCCACGUGGCUUCUGGCAAAUGCUCAACCCAACUUUACAAGCAUGAACUGAGAUUCCUCCUCACUCUAAUAUCUCCUGAUUAAGAAACCACGUUUCAAGUAACUUGAACCAAACCUGAAGGCAAAUAACUUUGGGGAGAAACUUCACAGGAAAUCCAAAUCUUUGUUUUCAGUAUAUAUUUUUAUUGAUUUCAGAGAAGAAGGAAGAGGGAGGGAGAGAUAGAAACAUCAGUGAUGAGGGAGAAUCAUUGGUCAGCUGCCUCCUGCAUACACCCCACUAGAGGGUUGAGCCUGCCACCCAGCAUGUGCCCUGACUGGGAAUCAAACGCGUGACCUCCUGGGUUGAUGCUCCACCGCUGAGCCGCAUCGGCCGGGCGGGAAAUCUAAAUCUGGAGCCACAAACCUGUCUUCCCAUCUGUAUCCCCUGCUCGGCUUUGAUGAGGAACUCUCUUUCUUUCUUGUGCCUCCUUGACUUUAGGGUCCACCCCCAGAGCAACUGCACCCUGAGCACUGCCCUUGGUCCCUGGUUCUGGGAUGUGGGAGGCAGGGCCCUGGAGCCUCUUUCUAGAGCUAGCACUAGGACCAGAGACCUGCAGGUCCCCUCAGACGUCGCCCUGUCCCUCUCCAGCCCUCCCCGGGAACAGGGUGCAGAAGAAGGUGCAAGGUUCCCAUUCUUCACACACUCAGCUGCUCCUUCCUCUUCUCUGUCCGAAGCAGCCUUUUCUUUCCAUCACAGCUGCAUAGCAAAGGCGUGAUUCUUUUAGAGAACUGCCAUGUUUUUGAGUGCUAUCUUCCCAGAUUCAAUUUCAACUUACACCCAGUAGGAUAUUAGGCUGCCUGCUGCCAGGAGGUAGAACCUGGGUUCUGGCCAAGUACUGGUAUGCCUCGGAAUCAGAAAGUUUAAGGUGAGUGUUGACUCAGACAGACCAUGCAACGAUAAAUUAAGCAGUCCUCCUUCACCCCUACCCAUGUGCCCCUCCACAAACCCUGGGAAUGGAUGCCAAGCAGUUUGGUGGGCGCCCAGGCCCUGGGCCUAGCAGCCAUCACUGCUUCCUGCCUUCCGAGCCCCAUAGCGUCUGGCAGCACUGUGUCUGGUGACCAACCCUUUCUGCCACCCUUGUCUAUUGUGAUUUUGAGCCAGCUGCUCCCCAAAGCCACUGAGGACUCUUGCCUCCUGGGCAAGGGGUCGGUUUGGUUAGCACCCUGCAGACAUAACUGAAUGGGCGGGAACAUAUUUGACAUUUGAAAGUUCUGUUCGUUUAGUUGAGUCAUGUCCAGGCAUAAGCAGCAGGUCAGCAGGAAGCACCCAUGUGAUCCUGGAGGCUCCUCCUGUCUUCCUUGCAGUGGGGUCCCCAGUGCCUGUCUUCAUCUUCCUCCCCCAGAAAGAAGAAAUAAGUGGUUUCUUGACUCCUAAAUGCCUCCUCUCCCGAGAAGGAACCCAAGGAGGGAAGAAGCAGCAUUAGGAACGUCCCCAGAUACUCCUCUCUGCAGCCCUCCAUCUCAGACACAAGUAUAAACAGACGAGCAGAGAAAAGGUGGGGCGGGGACCGACUAAAGUGCUUGAAGAAGCGUGACGUCACAUAUGCGCUGCCCUUUGCCCUCGAUGUUCUGGGUCCCAGAGAACAUGUUUCAACUGGCUUAAGAACUAGAACAGCCUUGGGGUACCUUUAAGUGGCUCAAAGGCCAGACCGCUGGGCUUCCCUGGGGGCCUCUGGAUCAUGAUACCUUCCAGUUGCUAUUUCAUUGUCCCCAGUCCUUCCGACCUGGGCACAGGGCGUGUCAUUGAGAAGUGAGGCUGUUUCCUCAAUUCAUCUUCAUAACCAUGACAUGGCAUUACACUGGCUGAGCGCCUGUGGGGAAGGACAAGACCUGAGCUGUUACCUGAAUAUUAAGAUUGAAGGUAGCCCUAGCCGGUUCGGCUCAGUAGAUAGAGCAUGGGACUGUGGACUGAAGGGUCCCAGGUUUGAUUCUGGUCAAGGACACAUGUCCAGGUUGCAGGCUCUAUCCCCAGUAGCAGGCUUGCAGGAGGCAGCCGAUCAAUGAUUCUCUCUCAUCAUUGAUGUUUCUAACUCCCUCUCCCUUCCUCUCUGAAGUCAAUAUAUAUAUAUAUAUAUAUAUAUAUAUAUAUAUAUAUAUAUAUAUAUAUAUAAUUUUUUAAAAAAGAUUGAAGGUAGACAAGGAGAUCAGCUCAUUUGGGCAGGCCACGCCCACUUCGCUCACCCAUAGGCCUGGCAGCAGGUUGUGCUGAAACAAAACACCAUCCUCACGUCUGGGGCAGUGUGUGGCUUCUUCGUCCUAUUCACUUAGAAAGCUAACCACAUCUGAAGACUGGAGAGGAUGGUCAAUAUGGGCCUGGCCAGCUGGGGAAGUGGGGAAAAGACACAGGGGCAGUGACUGGGCCCCUGGGGGCUGUUGGGGUCAGAAGGCAGAUUUCCAGGCUCUCUUUUAGCACCAGCCAGGUUGACCAGCACUCCCCUCCUGGAGACCUUAGGGCCUCAUCAUCUUCCCCUUUUGAGCUCUUCCUCCAUGACUGUUGAUUCUGGCCUGUGGGGUACAGAGCUGUAACUCCACAAAUGCUGCAGCCCACACAUUAUAACAUGUCUGUGUCCAUUUAGAACUUCAUGACCCAGCUGAAAGUGUGUGUGCCUGUCUGUGUGCAUGUGUGUGUAAUGUAGUUCCUAGUAGACGAUAUAUGUAUAUAAUAGCUGAUGUAUUUAUAUGGAAGUGCAGAAUUAGUGCCAGUGGCAGUUUUCUGUAUUUUAAACUCAUUGAGUCAAAUUAGUUUUAAGGAAGGGAAAAGAGGGGGGGGGGGGCGGGGAGUGUAGGAAGAAGGACUCUUAGCAAGAUCCUUCUUUAGGACUCUUAGUUGUGAUUUCCCAAUGAGCCUUAUGAUGCCCUUUUCAAAUAAAUGUUAAUGUUGUCACCACA